GGCUGCGAGCCUGCGGGACAUGCCCCCCGCGCCGGCUCCUUGCUGGCGGCCAUGAAGAGGCAGAACGUGCGGACUCUGUCCCUCAUCGUCUGCACCUUCACCUACCUGCUGGUGGGCGCCGCCGUCUUCGACGCCCUGGAGUCGGACCACGAGAUGCGCGAGGAGGAGAAACUCCGAGCCGAGGAGACCCGGAUCAAGGGGAAGUACAACAUCAGCGGCGAGGACUACCGGCAGCUGGAGCUGGUGAUCCUGCAGUCCGAGCCGCACCGCGCCGGCGUCCAGUGGAGGUUCGCCGGCUCCUUCUACUUUGCCAUCACGGUCAUCACCACCAUAGGUUACGGGCACGCAGCCCCGGGCACGGACGCGGGCAAGGCUUUCUGCAUGUUCUACGCGGUGCUGGGCAUCCCGCUGACGCUCGUCAUGUUCCAGAGCCUGGGCGAGCGCAUGAACACCUUCGUGCGCUACCUGCUGAAGCGCAUCAAGAAGUGCUGCGGCAUGCGCGACACGGACGUGUCCAUGGAGAACAUGGUGACCGUGGGCUUCUUCUCCUGCAUGGGGACGCUGUGCAUCGGGGCGGCCGCCUUCUCGCAGUGCGAGGAGUGGAGCUUCUUCCACGCCUACUACUACUGCUUCAUCACGUUGACCACCAUCGGGUUCGGGGACUACGUGGCCCUGCAGACCAAGGGCGCCCUGCAAAAGAAGCCGCUGUACGUGGCCUUUAGCUUUAUGUACAUCCUGGUGGGGCUGACGGUCAUCGGGGCCUUCCUCAACCUGGUGGUCCUCAGGUUCUUGACCAUGAACAGCGAGGACGAGCGGCGGGACGCGGAGGAGAGGGCGUCCCUGGCGGGCGCGCGGAACAGCAUGGCCAUCCACGUGCCCGAGGAGGCGCUGCGGGGCCGCGCACGCUGCAAGGCGGACGGGGACCUGCAGUCCGUGUGCUCCUGCUCCUGCUACCGGCCGCGGGGGCGCGCCGGCCGCCCCGCGGGCCACCAGAACUCCUUCGGCGCCCAGCUCGGCCCGCAGUACUUCCACUCCGUCUCGUACAAGAUCGAGGAGAUCUCGCCGAGCACACUGAAAAACAGCCUCUUCCCGUCCCCCGUCAGCUCCGUCUCCCCGGGGCUGCACAGCCUCACCGACGUCCACAGGCUCACGCGGCGCCGCAAGUCCAUCUAG